AUGUCUCAAAUUUCGGUCCUGGGAUUCAGACAAUCAUCCGCGUCUUCCUCCUCCUCUGAUCUAUCCGGUGGAACGCACUGGGCCAUCCUCAUCUCACCACAUCCACCAUCAACUAAGCCCCAGAAGUCAAAAUCCCGAUUCUUUCACGCAUGGAGCUCGGCUAAAGAGCCACAGUCAGAAUCCGUUCUAUUCGACAUGCACAAGCAUCAACUCCGCCAGCAACCAUUUCCCCUCUCGCUGAAAGAGGGAAGCAGUACAAACACACCUCAAUCUGAUCUCAACAUUGGUUGUACUCCAGGAGCAACAACUAGACCAAAUCAACCAUGUACGGCCCUGUCCUCAACCACCGGUAACGUCCCCACUAGCAGCCCACAACCCACACCAGAGGUCGUAAAAACAACGACGCUGAACGCGGACAGCUCUCACCCACUCCAGCUGAUCCUCAGAAUCAGUGCGAGCAUCUUGCCCCAGGGGCCACCAUGCCUAGUCCCCAAACUCUCCCAAAGACUGUCCAACACCCCGACGUACGGCCCGGAGACCGACUGGCUACGCUCCGCACUGAGCACCAUGCACGACGGCCUGCUCGAGCCGGGCUUCGACGUGGACAAGUUCUUCGAGUACGUGAACUCGGCGGCCAAGGAGUACGCCAUGUACGAGGCAAGCUCAGAAGAGAACAAUGCCGCCGACAGCAAGCAGCAGCACUUACAGGCAGCAAGAAAGGAAACAUCCGUGCUCGCCCUCGACUACAGCGCGCACAUAGCGCGGAUCACACAGGUUAAAGCGAUGCUC